AUGAAGCUGACGAUUAAGAGGGUACCCACCGUCGUGUCCAACUACCAGGAAGACGCUGGCGAGCGGCCACGCGGAGGGUGUGGGAGGAACUGCCUCGGACAUUGUUGCUUGCCUGUUUCUGAGCUUCCUGUCUAUGCUUUCAAGGCAAAUCCAACAAAGCUGCCUUUACAGGAGGAUGCUGUUCCUACUGAUUUCUUCAUCAAUCUCCUCCUUGGGCAGUGGGAGGACAGGAUGACCCAAGGCUUAUUUCGAUAUGAUGUCACUGCAUGUGAGACCAAGGUGAUCCCUGGCAACCUUGGUUUCGUUGCUCAACUAAAUGAAGGGCGCCACCUCAAGAAACGUCCUACAGAGUUCCGUGUGGAUCGUGUGCUUCAGCCAUUUGACUCUGCCAAGUUCAAUUUCACCAAAGUUGGCCAGGAGGAGGUGCUCUUCCAAUUUGAGAACAGUGGUAGUGAUGACAGCUACUUCCUGAGGAGUGCCGCAGUCACUGUUGCUGAUCGUGCUCCUAAUGUUGUGGCAAUCAAUGUACAUCCUGGCCCUGUGCCAAUCUAUUUAAUUUCCAACUUGUGUACUCUUAGUGCUAAAUUGCUGAUACCUGUUUUUGACAUUUUGAAGGUGAGCCCAAUUGAAUAUGGCCAUGUUCUUCUUAUUCCCCGGGUCCUGGACCAUGUGCCUCAGAGGAUUGACCAAGAGAGCUUCUUGCUAGCACUGCACAUGGCGGCUGAGGCAGCUAGCCCAUACUUCAGGCUUGGUUACAAUAGUUUGGGUGCCUUUGCAACUAUCAACCACCUCCACUUUCAGGCAUACUACUUGACAGUGCCUUUUCCUGUCGAGAAGGCAGCUACCCAGAGGAUUCCCCUUGCUGAGGGCGGGAUAAAGAGUGGAGUGAAGGUGUCGAAGCUAAUGAACUACCCCGUGAGAGGACUGGUUUUUGAGGAAGGCAACACCCUGAAUGAUCUGGCCAAUGUGGUUUCCAGUGCUUGCAUUUGGCUGCAGGACAACAAUGUGCCUUGCAAUGUGCUCAUUUCAGACUCUGGCAGGAAGAUCUUCCUCUUUCCCCAAUGCUAUGCUGAGAAGCAGGCUCUGGGCGAAGUGAGUCAGGAACUGCUGGACACACAGGUGAACCCUGCUGUUUGGGAGAUCAGUGGCCACAUUGUACUGAAACGUAGGGAUGACUACGAGGAGGCAUCAGAAGCUUCGGCAUGGAGACUCCUCGCCGAGGUCUCCCUGUCGGAAGCACGCUUUGAGGAAGUGAAGGCCUACAUCUUUGAUGCUGCUUGUUUGGUUCAGUCCCAGGCGGAGGAGGAAACUGAUGAGGCCAUUUAUGCACCUGUGCUGGUUGGCCCUUCAGCUGUUGGGGAGGGCUGCCUCGUAAUUCCGUGA